AUGGGGAGCAUAUCCGAAGCGCUGGGUGGAAGAGCCGGUAGCAAUGGCAACGAAUCUUCAGCUCAUAGCUCUGUGUCGCCAAACACGUCUGAAGAUAUAGGCCGUGGAAUGGAACCCCCGACCACGGAGAAGACUACUAUAUUUCAUGGCGGACAUGCUCAUACCUGGGUUUCUUCGGGCUCGAAAGAGAUCAUGCCAAUAGCUAUCGUUGGAAUGUCUUGCCGUCUAUCAGGUGAUGUGAGCACGGCCGAAGAGUUCUGGGAGAUGUGCUCGCGAGCACGUAGUGGAUGGUCAGAAAUUCCAAAUGAAAGAUUCAGCCAGCAGGGAUACUUCCAUCCAAAUCCUGCUAAAAGCGGAACCUACAAUCCAAAAGGAGGCCACUUCUUACGAGAAGAUAUCUCCCUUUUCGAUGCCCCGUUUUUCAACAUAACUGCACAGGAAUCAAGAUCGCUUGAUCCACAGCAAAGAUUGUUAUUAGAGUGUUCCUACGAGGCCCUUGAGAAUGGAGGGAUCCCUAAAGAAAAUAUAAUAGGUGCAAACAUAGGCGUUUUUGUCGGUGGUUCCUUUUCAGACUAUACUUUGCACUGUCUUCGAGAUACCGACACCGCUCCCCUAUACGAAGCGACUGGGAAUGCAGCAUCCCUCAUGUCGAAUCGUUUAUCGUACUAUUUUGACCUGAAAGGACCAAGCGUCACCGUUGAUACAGCAUGCUCAUCGAGCUUAUCAGCUCUCCACCUUGCGUGCCAAAGUUUACGGACAGGGGAGUCAAGUCAGGCAAUCGUUGGAGGCAGCCAUCUGAAUCUCCUGCCAGACUUCUUUAUUUCCAUGUCUAUGUCAAGAUUAUUUUCUGACGCAGGGAAGUCAUACUCCUUUGACCACAGAGCCUCUGGCUACGGCCGUGGUGAAGGAGUAGCAUGCAUUGUGUUGAAGCCCCUCAGCGAUGCUGUCGAAAACGGCGACAAGAUUCGAGCCGUGAUUCGCAACACCGGCAUGAAUCAAGACGGCCGAACGCAGGGAAUUACGAUGCCGAACGGCAGUGCUCAAGAAGAACUCAUCAGAUCUGUUUAUGACUCGGCUGGCCUUGACAUUAAUGACACGGGAUAUGUAGAAGCGCAUGGCACGGGUACUAAAGUUGGAGAUCCAAUUGAAGCUGGUGCGCUGUACUCGGUGUUUGGACAAGAUCGAUCUCCCUUACAACCACUUUUCGUGGGAUCCGUGAAAUCAAAUAUUGGUCAUACUGAAGGCGCAAGCGGUGUCAUAUCAGUAAUAAAGGCGGCCCUCAUGCUAGAGAAAGGAUUUAUUCUGCCAAGCAUCAAUUUCGAAACUCCAAAUAAGGAAAUUCCCUUAUCUAAAUGGAACAUGAAGGUUCCUACGUCUCAACUUCCGUGGCCUCGAUCAAAGCGGUUUGUGAGCAUUAACAACUUCGGCUUUGGAGGAACCAAUGUACAUGUUGUGCUAGAAGGACCUCCGCGUGCUUCUAAAAUUCUAACGAAUGGGGCUCGUACAAAUAUUCCUAAUGCGAUAAGUGGAAAGUCAAAGGUAAGGAAAACAACCAUUGGCUCCUCAGACCCAAAGCCUAGGCACCUGUACCUGUUAUCAGCAAACAGCGAAGAGUCUGUGAGAUCUCAGAUGAAAAGUAUCGAACUCUACCUAGAACAGCGUCCAGAAACCUUCGAGCUCUCAUUGAUGAGCAAGCUUGCAUAUACACUUGGCCAACGCCGAUCUUUAUUACCAUGGAAAGUGGCUGUAUCUGCCGCGUCGGGGUCUGAAUUGAUUCGCAAGCUUUCCAGUUCAACCGUCAUCCCGUUACGGAGUUUUGAUAAGCCGAGGAUAGGAUUUGUUUUUACUGGACAAGGAGCUCAGUGGAAUGCCAUGGGGCGCGAACUUUUGCAGUGUUACCCAAUAUUUACCGCCACAAUCACAGCGGCAGAUAAUUGCCUGGUGAGUCUUGGGGCCCACUGGUCCCUUGUAGGCGAACUUUCCAGAGAUGCUAAGACUUCCAGGGUGGAGAACGCGUAUAUCAGCCAACCUGCGUGUACUGCCAUCCAGUUAGCACUGGUGGAUUUACUGGCCUCGUGGGACAUUCGACCCAGCGCGGUUGUUGGUCAUUCUAGCGGGGAGAUAGCAGGGGCCUAUGCAGCAGGCAUCUUGUCGCUCAAGGCUUGCAUGACAAUUGCCUAUCAUCGUGGGCUUGCGACCGUGAAUUUUGCAUCCAGGUUUCCAGCAUUAAAGGGGGCCAUGCUAGCAGUGGGAGGUGGGGAGACUGAAGUACGGCCGCUUUUAAAGGGAUUGAGGAGUGGUUGUGGGCAAGUUGUCAUUGCAUGUAUCAACAGCCCCUCGAGCAUUACGGCCUCAGGAGAUGAGGAAGCAAUCAUCGAGCUUCAAACUCGGGUGGAAGGUAAAAGGCUGUUCAACAGGAAGCUUCGAGUCGAUAUGGCUUACCAUUCCCACCAUAUGAGUCUUGUGGCUGAAGAUUACCUGACGGCGAUUAUAGACACCGAACCUCUGGGGUCUCCUAACAUAGCAUAUUAUUCUUCAGUGACGGCCCACCAGAUUGACGGCUUGGAAUUGAACCCGUCCUAUUGGGUUGACAACCUCACCUCUCCGGUACAAUUCUCCCGGGCGCUCCAGAGAAUGUGCAUAUCGUCCGAUAAAGGCACAUCUGCAAACGAUGCCAUCAACACACUGAUCGAACUAGGUCCACACUCAGCACUUGAGGGGCCCAUAAAGCAGACCCUGAAGAGUGCGGGCCAGACUCCUAUCACUAUCGGAUAUGUACCAAGUCUGGUUAGGGGCAGCGACGCAAUCGAGACUAUGCAGCAGCUAGCAGCAUCUCUUGUAUCCAGAGGUGCUCGUCUGAACUUUUCAGCUAUCAACUUCCCCAAACCUCGAGAUAAUAUUGCAGCUAGUCUCCUGACUGACCUCCCAAGAUACCCGUGGCAACACAGUACUAAGCACUGGCAUGAAUCUCGCAUUAGCAACAACCACCGGUUCGCUCGCCGAUGGCCGCGAAACGACGUCCUGGGUGGCAUAGCAGAUGAUUCUAAUGAUCUAGAACCGAGGUGGCGGAACAUCAUACGAUUGGACGAUUUACCGUGGGUGAGGGAUCACAGGAUCCAGUCGAAUAAUGUAUACCCCAUAGCUGGCUAUAUAAUCAUGGUAGUGGAGGCAGCGUCCCAACGUGCAGCGUCCCGGGCAGUUAGUUUUGAAGAAUUUGUAAUUCGGGAACUAUCGGCAAGUCGACCGCUUAUUAUCAACGAGAAAGUUGACGUCGAGACAAUGAUCACACUUCGGCCGUAUAGUGAAGGGACCAGAACGUCUACAGAUGCUUGGGACGAAUUCAGGGUAUUUUCUUGGGCCAGUGAUAAAGGUUGGAUUGAGCAUUGCCGCGGCAUUGUCGGGGUACAUAAAGCCAAAGUCACCAAUGCCAUUGAUGGUCAGCGGCAAUUUGAGGAUGCUGCGGUAUCGAUAAAACGUCAAAUCUCAAUAAUGAAAAAGUCUUGCACGGAAGCGAUCGAACUUCGGAUGCUGGCAGAAACACUUGCAAAUGUUGGUGUGGUAUAUGGUCCGGCAUUUCAAGGUAUUGUGGCCUGCAAAGUGUGUGAGCAACACGCUAUUGCUGAUGUCAAGAUCCCGGAUACGGCGGGCCCGAUGCCAAACCAUUUUGAGCCAGAACUUAUCAUGCACCCUGCUACUCUGGACUUGAUCAUCCAAAUCCUAUGGCCGCUGCUAGGCGCAGGCCGAGCUGGCUGGGAUCAGCUAUACAUGCCCUCGUUUAUCAAGAAACUGACUAUCUCUCGGCAUAUCCAAAAGCGGCCAGGUGACCAUCUCAGCGUCUAUGGUAGCCGCCCAAAAGUCACAUCUUCCGCUGUGAAGCCCGUCGAGCUCUCGAUAUUCGCAACUGAGAGUGGUAGCGAGGAGGCUUGUGUUGUGAUGGAAGGCUGCAUUUUCACGCCUGUCUAUGGCAAAGGAAUGAACUCGGGACGAGGAGGCAAGAGAGCCCUGUGCUUCAGGAUGGAUUGGGAGCCAUUUCUAAUUCCAAACACUGGUUCUUCAGCUCCCUAUCCCGAAGCGGAGGUUACCAUCAUCAGUCCAGAAUUCCCCACUGAGUUCUCUAUUUCGGAGCUCGCGUCGUCUCUGGAGGAGUUGACUGGGAAAUCACCACGGAUCGGUUCGCUCCUGGAGACAGACCCUAACGGAAAGAUAUGUAUCGUCUUAGCCGAACUUGACAAGCCAUUUCUUUCUGAUAUUGUGCCAGAAGAAUUUGGCUUAGUCCAGCAGCUUUUGACUACAGCAAGAGGCAUAAUCUGGGUUGUUCGUGGUGCAUACCAAGGCACGAAAUCGCCAAACGCAAACAUGGUAACUGGGUUGGCUCGAACUAUCCGCUCGGAGACGGCCCUCAGAUUUGUCACUGUAGACCUGGACCAGCCAGGGGAUACUCCGAAUGCAGUAGAGACCAUCGCAACCAUUUUCAGAAUCACAUUUGCCAUAGACGCAUCAAUCGAAGUCUGUGAGAUGGAGUACAUGGAAAGAUCAGGCGUCCUUUACGUUCCACGUAUUGUGAAUGAUGAUAAAAUGAACACGUCCAUCCACCAGCAGACGCAAGACUUACCUGGCCCGGACCUCCAGCCAUUCUCACAGAUGGGAAGGCCGCUGAAAAUGACUGUGGGAAGUCCAGGUCUCCUGGAUACCUUGCAUUUCAUAGAUGACUACACACGCGGAGAAGCUCUUCCGGAUGAUCAUAUAGAGAUCGAGAUCAAAGCUAUCGGCUUAAAUUUCAAAGACGUGAUGAUAGCCAUGGGCCAGCUUGUUAAUGAGCAUAUUGGCACAGAAUGUAGCGGUAUUAUUACAGCUAUUGGGCGGAAAGUCUUGGGCGAUGAAUUCGCAGUUGGGGAUCGAGUUUGUGCCAUGGCGGAGGGUUCAUUUGCCACCCAUAUUCGUUGCAAGGCUACAAGCGUCUCAAAAAUUAGAGAUGAUAUGUCCUUCGAGGUAGCAGCAACUAUGCCUGUUGUUUGGAGUACGGCCUACUAUUCCCUGAUCGAUCUCGGUCGGCUCUGCAAGGGAGACACUGUUCUGAUUCAUGCUGCUGCCGGCGGAGUAGGUCAAGCUGCGAUCAUUCUCUCUCAAAUGAUUGGUGCUGAGAUAUUCGUGACCGUUGGGAGUGUGGAAAAGAAAGCGUUUAUAAAGACUUAUAAUAUUCCAGACGAUCACAUCUUUUUUAGCCGCGAUACCUCGUUUGCCAACGGAGUAAUGGCAGCAACCAAAGGCCGCGGUGUUGAUGUCGUGCUCAAUUCGCUGGCUGGCGACGCACUGCGAGUUAGCUGGGAGUGCCUUGCACAUUUUGGACGAUUCGUCGAGAUUGGCAAAAGAGAUAUCGUCACUAAUACAAGGCUAGAAAUGGCACCGUUCGCAUAUAAUACCUCAUUCUCGUCCGUUGACUUGACCGUCGUGGCAGCAGAACGGCCCCAGUUAAUGAAAAGACUCCUUUCGGAUGUUUUCAAAUUACAUCAAGAAGGAAUGCUCAAAAGCAUUCCAAUCACCGUUUUCCCAGUCUCGGAGGUAGAAUCUGCCUUCCGGACUCUCCAGAGCGGAAAAAAUAUCGGGAAGGUCGCUGUCAAGCCAAGUGCGGCGGAUCAAGCUAUCCCUGCAAAGCUUCAGACUUCUUUGCUACGCCAAGAUGCUUUAUACAUCAUAGUAGGCGGUACCGGCGGACUUGGAAGAAGUAUUGCCGAGUGGAUGGCGCGCAAUGGGGCUAGACAUAUUAUCCUUCUCUCACGCUCACCGGCAGUUAAGGGCAAGGUCAAAGAUCUGAUUCAGAAGCUCGAACAGCUAGAGGCAAAUGUCUCCGUUCGUCAAUGCAACGUUGCGGAGCAAAGAGACGUCGAAAAAAUCGUCGCUGAAUGUACACAUGAUAUGCCCCCUAUUCGGGGAGUCAUUCAUAGUGCAAUGAUACUCAAUGAUGUCCUAUUCGAAAAGAUGAAGUUUGAGGACUAUGCGGAGGUUGUCAAACCCAAGGUCGCUGGUGCUUGGAAUUUGCACAAUAGUCUCUUGAAAUCAGAUCUCGAUUUCUUUAUCACUCUCUCCUCGGCCGCUGGUAUAAUUGGGAACCGAGGCCAAGCAGCCUAUUCCGCUGCAAGUACAUUCAUGGAUGCAUUCACUCAAUACAGAAUCGGGAUGGGUCUUCCAGCCACCACCAUUGAUCUGGCAGCAGUGAGCGAUGUCGGAUAUUUGGCAGAAAACUUGGAAAUGCAAGCGCUAGUAAUGGGUUCAAUGGGAAGCGAAGGGAUCGACGAGAUGGAGCUCCAUGCUCUGAUGGCAGCAGCUAUUGGUGGAAAGAUGAGCUCGUGCAGGAACCACUGCAUCACGGGCUUAGAUAUUGGACCAGCAUUUCCAGCAACAACUUGGAUAUCCGAUUCCAAAUUCUCGAGGAUCCGUAGCUCCCUUGUCACUGAACAUGGUGUGGCGCCCGAGAAACUGGCGAUAUCGCUCGGAUACGAGGUCGCGCAAGCCCAGUCACUCACAGAAGUAGAGCAGAUUAUAUACCGAGGACUUGCGGUUAAGAUAUCUGAAAUACUAAUGGUGCCUCUCGACGACAUUCAAGAAAGGAAACCAAUUUCUGCAUAUGGCUUGGACUCCCUAGUCGCUGUCGAAAUCCGCAACUGGAUAGCGCGAGAACUGGAUGUUAAUUUGCAAGUCCUGGAGAUGCUGUCGAGUGGAUCGCUUAUGGUUCUCUGCCAGACUAUCUUGAAGAAGUCGAGCUUGGUGAACCAGAAGUUAUUCAGCGGGGAAGGGGAGAAGGGCGUUGGGGGGUCUAGAGCAGCGCUCGGCAAAGCCGACGGCUCUUGA